CCGCCAGCAGCCUGGCUCACAUACCAGAGCCAGGGGGAUGGAAGGGGCACUGGCAGCUGGGAUGGAGCCCAUCCCAAUUCCUCCACAGAGCGCCAAUGUGCCAUCAAUUAUUCAUGGUUUUCCCAGGUCUCGCUUCUGAGAGUGCCUUUCAUCCACAGCACUCUGUGUGAUCCAUGAGUUAAGCAUGGCAACAUGGCUGAGAGACUGGGGCCAAGGAAGCCUUGAAAUACAGCCCGGAUUUAUCCUUCAUAUGAACCCGGUUGCUCCUGGCCAGGCCUGCUCCCGUUGUGUGCCCAGCUGAGUGCCCACGGUGCCCGCAGAGGGCAGCUGGGCAGGGCCAUGCAUCAGCUCUUUGGGCUGGUGCUGGCACACAAGGACCUGUCCCGGGCCGGGGAUCUCUUCUCCCUGGAGGAUGCCGAGAUCGAAGGGAGCCUCUCCGAAGCUCUUGAACAGAUCAGGAUCAUUAGUUCAGCUGCAGACUACCAGAGCAACGACAACGACCAGGCCGUGGUGGAGAUCUGCAUCACGCGCAUCACCACGGCCCUCAGGGAGACCGCCUCCAUCGAGAGGCACGGCAGGGCCCUGGUGGCUCUCUGGGAGUCCUGCCUGGAGCACAACCUGACGCCCUCUGGCAGGGACGAGGAUGCCCCACAUGCCAAAAUUGCGUCUGACAUCAUGAGCUGCAUCCUGCAGAAUUACAACCGGCCUCCAGUGAUGGCCUUGGCCGUGCCAGUGGCAGUGAAGUUCCUGCAGAGGGGCAACAAGGAGCUGUGCAGGAACAUGUCCAGCUACCUGUCCUUGGCUGCCAUUGCCAAGGCUGAGCUGCUGGCUGAGCACACAGAAACCAUCGUCAGGAGUGUCCUGCAAGGUGCUGAGAGAGUGUUUGCCAUUUUUAUUUGCACACCUGAGGGACCCCAACCACAGCGAGGUGAUUCUAAACAUCCUUCUGGAAAUAUCCAGCUACGAACCUGCAGCCUUGGCCCCUUUCCUUCCCUCGCUGAGGGAAAUUGGGGAGAGUUUUCCCAGUUUGAUUGGGCAGACAGCAAAGAUCUUUGGAGCUGUUGGACAUCUCGAUGAGGAGCGAGCCAGAGCCUCCCUGCUGUAUCUGGUGAACCAGCUGGCCAACAUGGAGCACUCCUUUCACCACCUCCUGCUGCUGGAGAUCAAGAGCCUCACCGACAGCUUCUCGAGCAUCCUGGGCUCCCAGA